AUGGGGAAAUCCAAUAAUUCCCAAACAAUUCAUUCGGAUGUCGCUGUGGAGCCCUUUGCUGGGUCUCCUCACCAUACUCUCAGACAUAAUGACAUAGUUUCUUCUACAAAGCUGUCUAUCCCUCUCCCACCCAGUCUGAUUAUUCCCUCCCAACCUCCUUCCCCCUCGUCACCGACUAGUCCCGAGUACUUUGAUGCGGUGGAUGACUGGUCAGCGGACACCAACGAUGAAGACGACCUAUUCUACGAUGCUUAUGAAGGGCCCCUCGAACACUCCUCGCCAGAGUGUACGGAUAUGGAGACAUGUGCAUACGAAUUGCAGUACGAAGGGGCAGCCAAGGGUGCGAUAGGCGGCCGCAAGCCACGCGUAGGCCCACCCCGCAGCACCAUGGGCACUGCCUCUGCCUCUGCCUCUGCCUCUACCUUCCCCUCUGUUCCCGCGCUCCCCUCGACCCCGCUCACUUUUACUUCCUCCCGAGGCCCAUCCAAGCCCACGUCUGGUCCCGAAACCAAGACAUCCGCAACCAGUCUCGCGGCCGAGCAAGCGCAAAGGGCAGUCCCGCCACCUGUGCGCGCACCACUGAAGAAGGCAUUAGUCGUCGGGUUCAACUAUACCAAGAGCGGCUUUAGUGAGGACAAGCAUCUGAAAUAUGCAGUUAGAGAUGCUGAGUUGUGGCGAAAGACCCUUAUGGACAAAGGAGUUUUGGACGAGAAUAUUACGAUUUUUACAGACAUCAAUCCUGAAUUGGCCACUUAUCAUCACUUGCUGCAUUCCAUUAGAUGCUUGGUCCACGACGUGAGGGCCGGAGAUACUCUUUUCUUUGUCUACUCUGGGCAUGCGAUUCUGUCCCAAGAGUACGGCCCGUCCAUUCUGACCGCUGACAGGAUGAUCUUCCCCCGGUACAUCCUGGAACAGGAGCUCGUCAUGUCGAUUCCCGCUGGCGCUGACUUGAAAGUCGUUUUCGAUUGCUGCCACUCGGCUGGAAUGAUCGGUCUUCAGUACUGUGUCGGACGCAUGGCACCGCCUCCCCUCCUCCCGCGUGCCGAAGAACUUGCUGCCCACACGGCUCAAUGCGCCAAGCCACAGGGAACCAGUCAACCCACAGAGGUAGCACCGCCUCAUACGUCGCAACCGUUUUCACACGCUCCCCAACACGGCUCGCUCUACGGCAUAUCGACUGCGGGUGAUGUCACAGCUCCUCGCCGUCCACCUGUCACGCCUGCCAUGGUCGACCUGAACACGUUUGCGGGCCCUCAGCCACAACGCCACCCCCGCGGUGGCGUGGUUGCUGCCCCUCCCAUGGCAGCUCCUGCCGCCGCCACCGCCGCCGGGAGCCAACUUGGAACCGCGGUAGAUGCGGCCAGGCGCUUGGCCUCGUUUAUUGGGCUUGGUUCAUCACCUACCCCAAACGCGACUCCACCUGCCUCAACUCAAACCGAAAUUCCGGCCCAGGUCCAGACCUCGGCACCAGCCGAGGUUGCCUUCCAGGCGUCCAGUGCUCCUGCGCGCCCCUCUGUUCCACGCCGUGCUUGCCAAGGAGUAGUCGAGGGCGACCGCAUGCCUGACUAUUUCGAGGAGCGCAAGGAUGGCUUUGUUAGGCCUGCCGGUAAAGUGGCAAGUCUAGUCUUCUGUAUGGUCUGGGCCGCCACCGGUAAAAACCAGAAAGCUUUCGAAGCGUACGGAAGGGCAAAACAGGGCAUCGUGACGAAGGCUAUGUGUGAUGCGCUUGCUGCCUGCGCUGAUGGAGUAAGCACCUGUCGGGAAGUAUGGAGCUACCUCGUCCAAGAAAUCGACUGCGAGAACAACCACCGAAGCAAACGUGACGCAAGCAAGGGCAACGCACCAGCGUUUGGCCGUAUUCAACAUGCCGAACUCUGGGUCUCCCAAGGCGACCCGGAUGUGCCCCUUUGCUCGGCAGGGCCCAUUCUAGACCAGCCUAUGCUGUGA